CUAUGCAAGCAAAACUGCCACACAGUCGUGGUCUUGCAAAUAUUGUAGUGGGCAAACACAUAGAUUAUUCAAAUGUGACAAAUUUCUAGCCAUCUCACCAGAGGAAAGGCUCAAUUUCAUUUCACAAAAUAAUUUAUGCAAAAUAUGUUUCAAUUCUCACACAAAUAAAUGUAAAUUUCACUUCAAAUGUGAACAGUGCAAGGACAAAUCGCAUAAUACUCUCUUGCACUGCAAUGAAAAAGUAUCAAUGCACAGUAAUUCUAAUGUUAGCACAAUAUUGCUGCCCACCAUCAAGGCCAAAGUGCUCUGCCGGGAUGGCAAAUCGCACAAAGUAGUCCGAGGACUAGUUGACAGUGGCAGCCAAGUGUCAUUUAUGACAGCUGACUUAGCAAAAGCAUUGCAAUUACCGCUAAUUGAUAGCAAUUUAAAUAUCACAGCCUUGGGGAAACAAAACAAAACAACCUCAAAAGCUGUCAAUGCUAAAUUUGUGUCACUUCAAAAUAAUUAUAAGUGCCAAGUUAAUUGUUCCAUAGUGGACCAAAUUACAACCAAGCUGCCACAGCAACAAACAGUCACCUAUGGACUCAAGAGCUCAAGCUACCUGGCCACCAGAUGUCUCCAGGAGUUAGCAGACCGGUUUGGGAGCAAUAUGCCGCUUGCUGCUGAGGUCAUCCGGACAGCCAUGUACGUUGACGAUGCUCUUUUUGGAGCACAGACCAUCGAUGAAGCUCUUGAGGUAAGAGAUCAAUUUAUAGACCUGCUAGGACGUGCCAAUCUGCAGCUGCAUAAAUGGGCUGCAAAUGAUGACCAAUUACUGGCUGGCAUACCAGCUGACAAGCAGCAUUUCGAAGAGCAUGAGCUCGGUAAUGAGGACCUCUCAAUGAAAGCUUUAGGGGUCUCAUUCAAUGUUAGAGAUGAUGUUUUUAAAGUGUCAUGUCCUAUAAAGCGGGUGCAGUCCUGGAAUAAAAGGUCCAUUUUGAGUGUCAUAGGCUCUUUCUUUGACCCCUUAGGGCUCGCUGGGCCAAUAAUAGUUCGAGCAAAGGAAUUUCUACAAAAAGUGUGGAAGGAGAAUCUCGAGUGGGACUCGCCCAUACCAAUGUCAUUGCUUAAGGCCUGGUUAACAUUCUAUGAACAGCUAGAACAAGUGCCUACAAUUUCUGUACAAAGAAACAUAAAUAUAAAUAAUGCGCAGGUAAUACAAUUGCUAGGAUAUUGUGACGCUUCUAGCGUCGCCUACGGCUGCUGCAUAUAUAUAAGGGUUAUUCAAGGCAGCAAAGUAACCACAACACUUUUGUGUUCAAAGUCUAGAAUUGCUCCAGUAAAAAACGCCUUGACUAUACCUAAGCUAGAGUUAAAUGGUGCAGUGUUGCUAGCCAAACUGUAUUGCAAAGUCAAAGCAAUCUAUGCUAAAAUUAACUUCAAUGCUGUACAUUUAUUUUCUGACUCCCAAGUUGUUCUGUGUUGGUUGAAGUCUAGCAGAAAUAAUAUACCGGCUUAUGUCAAAAACAGAAUAAAUUUAAUAAAUUCAAGUACUACAGAAUGUAAAUGGUUUCACAUAGAUGGAGCUUCCAAUCCAGCUGAUUGCUUGUCUCGAGGCUGCAAUCCCCAAGACCUGCCAUCGAACACCUUAUGGUGGCAUGGGCCUCCUCAACUUGACUCACUGGAGUAUGAGCCUUCACCAUCAUUGGCUUCAUGCAACCACUUACUUUGCGAGAGGGGACCUGCCGAGAGCGAGCAAGCAGCUUGUUUGGUUGUGACACAAGAACCACAAUUGUUUGAAAAAUAUUCUUCAUGGUUCACUAUGCAAAGAAUUGUAGCUUGGAUAUUAAGGUUUAAAUUCAAUUGUUUAAAUAAACAUAAUAAAAUUAAAGGAAAUUUGACUGUAAAAGAAUUGUUAAAUGCUCAAUACAGGAUAAUUUCUAUAACGCAAGGCUUGUAUUUUCCUUCGGAAAUAUCAAAAAUAAAAAAUAAUUUGCCAAUAAAAUCUAAUUUAAAAGCCUUGGCUCCAUUCAUAGAUGGAAAUGGCAUAAUGAGGGUUGGUGGCCGGUUGCAAAACGCCCCAGUGCCAUACACGCAAAAGCAUCCGAUUAUUUUGCCCAAUAAGUGUCAUGUCACGAAUUCAAUUAUUCAAAAUGAACACUGUGUAUUAAUGCAUGCUGGUAUCACCCUCGUAUUAAGUAGUCUGAAACUUAAGUAUUGGAUCAUUAGCGCCGGUCGCGAAGUAAAGAAAAUUAUUAACAAGUGCUUAAAAUGUUACAGGUUUAAGGCUCAAGCAGCCAGCCAGUUUAUGGGAUCCCUGCCCUCCGAUCGCGUCACCGAGAGCCACCCGUUCGACAAAGUUGGAAUCGACUUCUGUGGUCCGUUUCAAGUAAAACAAUCGGGCAUGCGGAGGGCCGUUGUCACCAAAGGCUACACACUGGUAAUUGUUUGCUUCGCCACUAAGGCUGUCCACCUUGAGCUAGUUUCAGACAUGACAACUCAAACAUUCUUAGCAGCCUUAAAAAGAUUCAUUGGCAGACGCGGUAUUCCCGCCAUUAUUAAUUGCGAUAAUGCACAAACGUUUAAAGGAGCCGACAACGUGCUCCACGACUUGUAUAAAUUAGUCAAUUCCAAAAAGCAUCAAUCUCAAGUGAGUGUGGCUGCUGUAGAGAAAGGAAUAACCUUUCGCUACAUCCCCUCCUACUCCCCCAACCACGGAGGCCUCUGGGAGGCCGCCGUUAAGAGUUUUAAGUUCCAUUUCAAAAGAGUGGUGGGGGAGAAUAAAUUCACGUACGAAGAAUUGACCACUAUUUUAUCCGAAAUAGAGGGUAUCCUGAAUUCCAGGCCCCUCACGCCGCUUUCAAGCGACCCUGCAGACCUAACAGCCCUAACCCCAGGACACUUCCUGACUGGUCGUCCACUCAUAUGUAUCCCUGAGCCGGAUCUAACCGAUAUCCCUCUAAAUAGACUAAGAUUCUGGAGGCGCUGUACUCAGGUCAAGCAACAUUUUUGGAAAGCCUGGUACAGCCAAUAUUUAUCGCAGCUAAAUGUUAGAAACAAGUGGAGCAAACAGUUACCAGAUGUGGAAGAAGGCAGUUUAGUUUUACUAAAAGGAGACAACGUUCCCCCGCUGCAGUGGCCCAUGGCGCGAGUGACGCGGGUGUUUCGGGGAAGCGAUGGGAGGGUAAGGGUCGCGGAGCUCAAAACCGCUACUGGUCUAACCCGUAGGUCUAUUAAUAAAAUGUGUAUCCUUCCCAUAGAUUAUUAAGUAACAAGCCAUUUUAAAACUGUUAAAUAAUUUUUAACCAUAGGUUUUUAAGCAAAUGUUAACUUGUAGUUAUGACAUGCGAAUUUUAUUAAAUAUUUAUGGCAAUUUUGAGUCUGUAAACUGUGAUAACUAAGUAGUAAUAUGUAUAGGGUGUUACUUAAACUUAAGAAUAAAGAUUUAAUUAAGAUAUAACUUCAAUUGUAUCAUGCAAGUCAUUACUAAUGUAACUUCAUGACUAUUACUGUAACUGCAUAACUAUUAACGUAACUGCAUAACUAUUAAUGUAACUGCAUAGCUAUUUUUGUAACCUUUUGCCCGGGAGAAUGUCCACAUCCGUAGAUGUAAACACGGCUUAAUUUCAUACUGAAUGUGUCUAAUGUGUCUAUGCCUUAUUUUUAUGGUUAAUGUUGGCAACACUAAAUUUUAUAUCUCUCUUCCCCAUCACACUCUCACCAACUCGUACUGGUUUUUGUAAAUAUUGUGUUUUUAUAAAUAAAAGUCAAGAUUAAAGUACAAAAU